AUGCCCAAGAGGCGGGCUGGGGGUUCUGGAACUGAUGGGGAGGCAUCGCCCGCGCCACAGGCGCCGGCCAAAGCUGGGCGCUCAACGCUGGGUCCCGCGGGGACCGCCGUGCCGGGCGCGGGGGGCAUCUUCAAGAGCGCCGCCAUCGAGGUUCUGCGCAUGGACCGGCGCCUCAUGACAACCGGAGAGAUCACCAAGCUUGCACUUCAGCGCGGCUUCCUGAAGGCGCAGGGAAAGACCCCCGAGGCCACCAUGGCGUCUGCGCUGUACACUGAUGUCAAGAGGAAACACGGCACUUCCAUCUUCACGCG